AUGGUAUUUCGAGAUUUAUUGCUUACAGGCCAUGAAGGAUCGAUAGACGCCCUACCGGAGGUGAUACGUGACGUCCUUUGGCGCUUCGCUGAUGUGUUUCCUGAUGAACUCCCUGAAGGUCUACCACCGAUCAGAGGCAUUGAACACCAAAUUGAGUUUGCUUAUAAUCAAGCUGUCCACUCGUCGACGAAGAAGUCUCCUUUUGAAGUCGCCUAUGGGUUCAAACCGCUUACACCUUUGGAUCUUCUUACUCUACCACCGGAAGAGACCAAGAACCAAGACGGAGCCGCAAGAGCAGAGCUAGUCAAGACGCUGCAUGAGGAGGUUCGAGCGAACAUCGAGCAAAGGAACGAGCAGUAUGCGCGCUUUCUCAACCGCGGACGUAAACCAAUGUUGUUCAAGCCUGGCGAUUGGGUUUGGUUGCACUUAAGACCAGAGAGGUUCCAGCAGAAGCAAAAGGAUAAGCUCAGCCCGCAUGGAGAUGGUCCAUUUCGAGUCAUCGAGAAGAUCAAUGACAAUGCCUACCGACUCGAACUACCAGGUGAGUAUACUACAUCUACUUCCUUCAACGUCACUGACCUUGUUUCGUUUGAUGUAGGUGACGAUGAAGAUGUUUUUGGGACAAAACCUUUUCAAGAGGGAGGGAAUGAUGUGAGCACCAGACAGGAAGCCGACCAAGACACGCUGGACGCGACCGAGAUGCCUGACCAAGACGCACCAGACGCGGCCAAGACUCAAGCGCCCGACACGGCCAAGGCACCAAUAGUUCUCCCGGGAGCGACGACUCGAUCAAGGAGCUCAGCAAAGGUGACCAAGCAGUGGAUCAACCUCUUCGUACGGUCGUUCAUGCAACAACACUCGGGCAAUGAAGAGCUUGAAAGUUCAGUUCGCGUGGCCUUCACUCUUAUCCAAGAGUGA